GGCCGCAUGUGACGUGCAUUAUACCGAGUAGCAAAACAAAAUGGAGGUGUGUGGUGAUUAUACUGUGUCGAAAAACAAAACGGAUGCAUGUAAAAACACCUACAGUCACUUUUUUUGGGCACGCUAUGUAGUCAGGAAGUGAGAGUGGCGGCCAAACUCAGAGAGAAUACAGGAAACCUAUUCACACUCAGGCAGUCUUGUCAGUCACUCUGACUAACUGUCGCCUCACUGUAACUUCAUUUUUGACAACAUGGACGACAGGAGACUUGUCAUUCUGGGGAAAACUGGAGUUGGGAAAAGCAGCCUGGCUAACACCAUACUUGGAGAGAAACCAUUCAAGGUUGAUGAUACUUCCAACUCUGGAACAAAAGAAUGUCAAGCAGAAACCAGAUCUGUCAAUGGAAGAAACAUCACUUUGAUCGACACUCCUGGUUUCUUUGACACAGAGAAAUCUGAGGAGGAGCUGAAGUGUGAGAUAGUGAGGUGUAUCACAGAGUGCGCUCCUGGGCCUCAUGCUUUUCUCAUUGUACUUAAAGUGGAGAAAUUCACAAAGCAUGAGCAGGAUGUCAUCGACAAAAUCAAUGAAUGCUUUUCUGAAGAAGUCUUCAAAUAUGCAACAAUCCUCUUCACUCAUGGUGACCAGCUGGCGGAAGGAGAAAAAAUUGAGGAUUUUGUCAGCAAGAAUAAGUCCUUGAGUGAUCUGGUGGAGAAAUGCGGAGGCCGCUGCCAUGUCAUUGAUAAUAAAUACUGGAAGAACAACCAACAGGAUGAAUACAGGAGCAACAAGUACCAGGUGGAGAAACUACUUAACACAAUAGAUGAGAUAACAAAAGCAAACAAAGGAAGGUGUUACACCAAUGAGAUGCUCCAAGUAGCACAGGAAAUAAUUGAACAAAAGAAGACGCACAUUAGAAAGUCAUCAGAAAACAUGUCAGAGGAAGAGAUCACACGGCAGGCUAAAGACAGGGCAUCUAAGGAAUUCUGGCUCAGAUUGGCAGGUGUUGGAAAAGGUGUAUUGUUAGGAGCUUUGUUUGGUGUAAAACUGUUAGGUAGAAUAGUUUUCAACAUUUUAAAGGGACUAGUGACUGUGGCCAAAGCACCUGUAGUAGCAGUACCAGCAGCUGCAGGAGAAACAGCAGCAGGUUCAGCAGCAGGAGGAACAGCAGCAGCAGGGGGACUAGGAGUAACAUUGAUCUCAAUUGGGGUAUCUGCUGCAGUGGGAGCAGCAGUGGGAGGUUAUACAGGAUAUCAUGCAGCUGAGGGAGCAAACACGGCAUUGGAAGCAGCAAUGAUGGCAGCAGCUGCUGUCAAGGGGGGAGCCCAGUCUAUCGAAUUGAUCAAAGAUGGAGUGAGCGAUUGUUUGAAUGUUUCAAGCAAACUAACAUAUUCAAAGUUAAAAGAGAGUUAAAACCUACAAUGAGCUGUGACUCCAAAAGACAGGGAGGAGAAUAUAUCAAUAAAGUCAUGUCUCCCUGUAGAUCACAUGAAAAUCUUUUUAACCCAUCGUUAACCUUUGAACUGAAAUAUGUUUAUUCAUAUGUGAUAUGUCACAGGUUUUAUCUUGUCUGAGCUUCAAGCGCUUUUUCCUGUUUCACAAUCUAUCUUUAUGCCUCCACACCAGUGAAAUGCAGCCAGAGGCAAUAUGUUUUCAGGUUGUCUGUCCUUCCAUCCAUCCAUCUGUCUGUCCCUCCCAUUCUUGCUAACAUGGUAUCUCAAAAGAAUGCCAAAUUUGGCACCAAUGUCCACUUGGACACAACCAUGACCUGAUUAAUUUUUUGUGGUCAUUGGUCAAAGGCCAAAGUCAAUGUAACCUUGCAUCAGCCUCAAUCUCAUGAACACGACUCCUCUCGAACACCUGGAUGGAAUUUUUUGAAUUUGGCAAAAAUAUCCACUUAGACUGAAGAAUUUGGUGGUCGAAGGUCAAAGGUCAAAGGUCAAAGUCAGUGUGACCUCACAAAACACAUUUUGGUUAAAACUCAAGAAUUCCUACACUAACUAUAUGACAGAAAUGUCUAAUAGGAUAAAAUGAUGAAUUGAAGACAUUGUAUAUAAAAAAGGUCAAAGGUCAGCUUCACUGUGACAUCAUAAUGUUCUGUAUAAAACAGUGUGUUGCCCGGGGGAAGAUGUUUGUGAAGCACCAGUGUUUUCAGAUGUGGACGUGAUCCAAACUGCAUUGUAAAUAUUUGGAUUUGCACCUUAUUUUUAUUGUAUAUGAUAUUUUUUCACUGUUUCUUACUUUGUAUUGUAACUGCUGCACAGCAAGUUGCAAAUUUAUCUUAACCACAGACUCUGUGUUUGAUGUGUUGUUAAGUGCAUAUACUAUAAACCAGUGGUACUCAACUCAUGGCCCAUGGGCCACAUUUGGCCCACGACAGGGUGCCAGGUGGUCGACCAACCACUUACUAGUUCACAAUGGAAAAAAACUGAUCCAAUUGGAUUUUUUUGUGCUUUGAAUCUAAAUUAGCUGCCAGAGUGCAAAAAAGCAUCAAAAUAGAGCUGUUUCUGAGGUCAGGGCUACGUCCCAAAUGUCUUCAAGUCCCAAAAAACACCCCCACGUACAGCAAACAUCAAGGGGUUGAAAACAAGCAACUCAUUUGUUAUAUUUACUAAUAAAUAUUUUAAUGUUUCUUUAUUAACUAGUUGUCAUUUUGCAAAAGUUGCCCCUGAGCACGGCAAGUUGAGUAUCCCUGCUGUAAACUGAAGCUGCAAACCACAAAUAUAAAAUUGUUUUAACAUAUUUUAUGUCUGAGAUCUUUUAAAAAUGUUGUAAUCAAAUCAAUGUACUCAUUGUUCACUGUUCUCUGUUGAAAAAGCUAACCAGCAAAUAUCAUUUAAUCUAUGUACAACAUCAAUUUGUUUGAAUAGCUGUGAUUGUUAGUGGAUUAAAAUGUAU